AUGAGCGUCUGGAAACGAAUCGACGAGGCGCUUCGAACCAAGGAGAGCGAUUUUAACGAAGCCGAGAAGGAUGGCAAGACUUGGUCAAACGAAGACCUUGACCCAAGUCCGCCCUCUGCGAGGACAUGGGGACAUUGGGAUUAUUUCGCCUUCUUCUGGGCGGUUUCUUUUAACCCAAUCGCUUGGAAUAGCGGAAGUAGCCUGGUGGCAUUAGGCCUGCUGUGGUGGCAAGCGACUGUGGCCGCUAUCGUCUCCUGCAUGAUCAUGGCGACGUUCCUCGUGCUCAAUUCGCGUGGCGCGUCCGUCUACCACGUUGGUUACCCGGUCUACGUCCGCAUUUGCGCCGGUCUGUAUGGAUCUCUAUGGUUCGUAUUCAUACGUGGAAUUGUCGCCAUCUUCUUCAUGGGCACCCAGUCGUAUUAUGCAGGCCAACUCGUCUCCGUGAUGUUGCGCUGUGCUUUUGCCGACAAAUGGACUGGAAUUCCAAACACUUUACCGGCGAAUGCCGGCAUUACUACGACUGGUAUCACAGCCUUUUUCAUUUUCUGGUUUAUCCAGCUUGGUUUUAUGUUUCUCCAUCCAUCGAAGUCUGCGUGGUUAUACACAUUAAAGUCUGUCAUCUGUCCUCCAGUUCUCAUUGCAACUUUUGCAUUUGCGGUUGGUACCAAUGGUGGCCUUGGUCAGACGACAAGCUUGGGAACAGUUGCUACCUCGUCCUCUGUUGUUGGAUGGGGAUUCAUGAAUGGCAUCAACAGUGUCUCUGGGAGCCUAAUGACAGAGGUUUCGUCCAAUCCUGACCUUGCACGAUACGCGAAGUCCUCAGCUGCAACGACAUGGCCCCAAUGGUUUGGUUUGGUUGUUGCCAAAUCAUUGUGUACCUUCUUAGGUAUAGGGGCAUCAAGCGCUGUCAAGACACUUUGGGGGACCGCUUACUGGAACAUAUGGGACCUCUAUCUUGCCAUUCUUGAUCACAAUUGGAAUGCAGGGGCCCGAAUUGCGGUAUUCCUCGCUUGCCUUGUGCAAGUCUUCGCAGUCAUUGCUACGAACCUCGCGGCGAACGCCCUCCCUGUAGGGUCAGAUCUUACGGGUUUGUUCCCACGGUACUUCAACAUCAAAAGAGGCCAAAUCAUGUGCGCCGUGCUUGCAGUAGCCACUUCACCUUGGAAAUUGGUGAAUACUGCAUCGUUGUUCCUCACUUUUCUGAACUCCAACGUCGUGUUCCUUUCACCACUGGUCUCCAUAAUGAUCACAGAUUACUUCUUCAUUCGCCGCGGAAACGUUCACGUGCCAUCUCUGUACAUUCCGAAUUCCAAUUCACCUUAUUGGUAUUGGAAAGGACUCAACCCAAGGGCAUUCGGCGCUUGGCUGAUUGGUCUGCUUUCGGUGAUCCAUGGUUUGGCUGGCAGUUUUAACGCCAACUACAAUGAAGGGAGUAAACAUAUCUACAGCAUCGGCAUGUUGAUGAGCUUCAGCAUUGCGGGUCCUUUGUAUUACCUGGCGAAUGUAAUUUGGCCGGUAGAUAUUUAUCCACCCGCAUAUGCCAGUGCUCCGAAGACCCGGGAGUUUUUGGGUAAAAGUGAUGGUUUCUUUGCAGAUGAGGUUAUUAUCGGACUUGAAGAAGACAACACUGCCUCGACAGGGGAGAUGUGGGAGGCCAAGGUUUAA